AUGGGAAACUUUCAGGGGAAGGAGUCUCGGCCUUGGCUGGACCACCCGGAUGGCAAGUGGUCCCCCAGACCGCAGCUCCCCAUGGACUGCCCCGUCUGCUACGAGCCCACUGAGCCCAAUGAGUCCAACGUCGGCCCCUGGGAGUUGGCGGGGGAUCCGAUUGAGGAGGAAGUGCAGGUGGGCCUGGUGGAGUUGUGGUCCUUGGAGCUGAAGAUCUCGGUGAAGAACGUGACUCGGGUGCCCAACUGGGCCGGGGUGAAAUCCAUGGAGGACCUGCACCUGCUGCACAUCGAGCUACAGAAGGAGCUGGCGCGGAAACUCCCGCCACCGCCCUUGGUGUGCACAAGCGACUGGUUGCAUCUUCCGACGGCCCUCUGGAGCUACCAUGCCAAGGAAACCUGCCUCAUCAUCCAGGCAUGGCUGCUGGAGAUUUUGCAGCAGGCGCCCACCAGCUCUGCCGUCCGGGACUUCUUCGCGCCGGCCUUGAACUCCUACUGCCACGUACUGUGCCUGCCGCUGGCCACCCACAUCUCGGAGUUCCUGUCGGAGCCCCUGGACCUCACCAACCUCUUUCGACUCAGCUCCAAGGCGAUCUCCGAGACCAGCCGCCAGAUCGUGGCCUGGCAGUGGGAGCGCGUCUUUCGCGAGAAGUGGCCCGUGCACUACGAGGCGCUGUGCUACAACCAGGCGAAGGAUUGGGAGAUCCUCUUCCAGCAGACCGUCCAUGGCAGGAGGGAGGAGAUUUUGGAGAUCUUCGACCGGGAGAAGAAGGUGGGCUUUUGCAUGUCCGCUAUGACUGCCAAGGUCUCCUGGGAACAGAAGACGCGGUGCUACGUGGCCAGCUAUGUGAGCGCCAGCCACGUGGUGCCGGAGAGAAUCCCCACCUCGGAGGUCCACCGGCUACGCUUCUGCCCGCCCAAUGUGCGCGACCAGCUCCAACCUGAGCUGGCACCGCCCAGGGUGAGCGAGAUCUACGCCUUCCGGGUCUAUGCGGGGCUUGAGGGUUUGCAGGUGGGCAGGGGCGUGGAGCUCCAGUGGAAGAUGCAGGUGGGCAGCCCCUUCGGCUGGUGGCACGGGGUGGUGGAGCAUGUGGAGAGAAAAGGCGCGACCGCCGCGGUGACGCUCACCUUCGGACACUUCCCGCAGCACUCCCGAUGGUAUCGACUCCGCGUGGUGGUGGGAGACGGGGUCAUGCGGCGCUGCGGCAUUGGGGGCUACCACGGGGGCAUUCGGUCAUGCACAGCGGCGGAGGAGAAGCAUUGGAUGCGAUUCUUCCCCAAGGAGCUUGUAACCUUCUGA